CUCGGUCUCCCCAGCCCCCAAAGCUGGGCCUCUCACUGUGGGGUGCCCCCAGGGGUCCUCACCCCUCUGAGCACCCCCCCUUCUCCCUCUGCAGGGGCUGCUCAGGCUCUGGGCUGUUGCCCUGUUCCUGCCCUGGGGCUGAUGGGGAAGCAGGGGGGUGCCCCCAGGAGCCCAUGGCAGGGGGUCUCCCCCCAAACUCUGCCUGACUCCUGGCACCCUUUCCCUGGCAGAGCGGGCUAGGGUCUUGCCUGGAUGGAAAUCCUGCCCCAAGCCCUCUGUGCGGGCAUCCAGGCUGCCCGAGGGGUUGUGCGUUGGCUGAGCUGGGCUGGAGCUCCUCCUACUCCUCUGGUCCCCUGGCACACCGGGAGGAGGUUGCCAAAGCUGGAAAAGGGGCAGGAGAGCUUGGAGUCCUGCUGUGGGGGAGCUGGGGUUUACCUGUGUGACUCUGGACCUGGGACCCUGGUGCUGACUGGUAGCUUGGCUUUGGGUACAAGGGGGCCGGGGACAAGGAGGUGACAGCGUGGGUAGGUGCUGAUGGCAGGUCUGUGGCCCUGUUUCAGCCACUCGUUCUAGAGGCCUUGAGGAAAACUCUUUUGGUGAUAUCUCCUCAGUUCCCCUUUCACAGCCGAUUUUUGGAGCAGCUUGGUCUCACAUUGAGACCCUGGCCUCGCUCAGCACCUGUGCGUGGUCUGGCUUCAUCCAUUUGGGAUUGAGGGCAACCCUCAGCCCACCGGGGUGGUUGAGUGCAGUUGGGGAGCUGGAGCAAGAGGGCAUCUCUGCAAUGACUUGCCCCUUGCGAGCCGUAGGCUUGCAUGGCUCCUCUGCCACCUCACAACGGUGCAGCCCUAAGUGUGUUAGGAGGCCGCCUGGGAACCCCGUGAAGGAGCAAUCUGCACUGGGAAGGGCUUAGUCAUUGCUCAUGUGAAGAGUCAGCAUGUGUCAAGCAGGGAUGAGGUGGUGGCUGCGUUCCCGUGCCUGGUCCCAGCACAGCUGUGAAGGUUGAGCAGUGUUUCGUACCCUGGUUCAGGGUGACAUGGCUUUGUAAAGGCAAUUGGUAGGUGGAGGGGCGGGGAUGGAGUGGUUGCUCUUGUCGCAGGCCUGGGGGUGGCAUGAAGAGGUUUAGAUCUCAGCUGACUCAAAGUAUUGCUCUGUGUGACACCCCCGGCGGUUCCCCCAGGCUUCGUAAGAGAGAUUUCAUCUGCGGGUGGAUAUCUGCCACCACACAAGCAAUGGGCCCUGGAUCCACCUGUGGAUGCAGCUCUGUGCAGAUGGUGAGGGCAGGAGCAGUAUUUCCCACAGGUUCCCAAUCCCUGUUAACACCGUCAUGACACCUGCAUGGCCAGGGCUGCUGCGGGUGACAAGGGGAUCUUGGCUUGCUGCGGCCUUAGCAGUGGCCCGUUGCGUCCGUGGCCCCUUUAGGCAGAGCGCUGGAGAAGUUGUUGACUCUGCGGGGACCAAGUCGGUUUGCCUCACUGUGGGACUGCAGAGGCAUCCAGAGACCGAGGGUGAAAGGGAGCGCCCAGGCCACCUCCUGUCGUGCUUGGGGAGGGGGUUCGGUCACCUGGUGUGGGGUGGGCAUGGAGGAAGGAGGUGUGUGCGUGGAGGUUCCUGUGGGGUUGUACUUCCUGGUUCGGGCAGGUCCAAGCCAUGUGUCGCCCGUUCAGACUUGCUGGUGCUUGUCCUAAGGGGCAGUUUCAACAGAGCAGUGCUGAUGCAGGAGUCUGAGCUCUUGCCCCUGGCUGGGAGCGUGGGAUGGGAUUUUGGUGGUUUCAGCUCGGACCACUGCUUUGCUCAGUCUCAGUGGUGCUCCCUUUUACACUUGGGCAAAGGGGAAACGUGAAUGCGCUAGACCCAUCCAAUUGGAGCCGCUGGGCUGGAGAGGCAGCCUGCUCUCUCCUCCCUGCGUGCUGCUAACCCUGAGGGUGGCUUCCCUGCAUUUCCUCCCUGCUACUUUGAUUUCUCAUCUCUGUCCCUGCAGGCAUAAGGACCUUGAGAGGAGGUGAGCCAGGCUCUAAUCUGUAGCUCACGCACUUGCUUUACUCCUGUGCAGCCUGGAUGUUCAGCACUGGUUAUUGUUUGGCUCUGUUUAGUCUGUGUCCCUCCACUUGCAGCCCAGGCACGUGAGCAGCUCUUAGUGCCUGGCCACGGGUCUCCGGGCAGCAGCUUUAUCUGUGCACCGUGGCUCAGUCCCGGACAUGUGUACGGAUCACUGUUUGGCGUGUGUGUGGAGGAGUGUUUGAAGGACACAUGGCAGAGAGCUGUGCUCCUGCAGAGCGGCUUCUUCUCCGCACGGGCAUGCGGAAGGACAUGGGGUUUGGGGUGAGUCUGGCAGUCUCGUACCCAGUGCCAAGCUGCCUGCUCUGUCUGGUUGCUCCAAGUGCCCCUUCUGGAGUUUUUUAGUCCUCGGUGUUGAGGCUGCCCUGUAUGCUAGACAGUGCUGUGGGUCGGUGGGGAUGGCUGUAAGACGCCCAGUGCAGGGAAGCAGGGCUCGGCCCAGGGCGGCCAAGAGCCGCCGGGAUGCCGAGGUUCGCUACGUGGACAGGGCAUGCGUGGCCGGAGGCAGAUUGGCACAGCGGGCCUUGAGCCUGUUAGACCCGUGGGAAGAAUCCAGGCGGGAUAGCUGGUUCCACACCCUCUGGUGCAGGCUCUGCUGUUUCCUCUGUGGUUUAGGCUCCUCUGAGCAUCCUCAAAUCUGUCCUGGAUCCUGCCAGGGAGGGCACCCCAAAGCGAGCAAGAUUCCCAGGGAGCAGGUCCUGCCCCGGGGCCAGGGUCCUGGUCCCCCUCUCCUGGGCUGGGAUGCCACUAGUUCCCUCUGAGGUGCUUGAAACUGCUCUCCAUGCCCCCAGGUUUUGCGGAGAGUGCCUGCAGCCCUGCCUCCAAGUGCCCUCUCCACUGUGCCCGCUCUGCCGCAUGCCGUUUGACCCCAAGAAGGUGGAGAAGGCCUCCAACGUGGAGAAACAGCUAUCGUCCUACAAGGCUCCCUGCAGAGGCUGCAGCAAGAAGGUGACCCUAGCAAAAAUGCGGUCUCACGUCUCAUCCUGUGCAAAGGUGCAAGAGCAGAUGGCCAACUGCCCGAAGUUCGUCCCUGUCGUCCCCACGUCCCAGCCCAUCCCCAGCAAUAUUCCCAAUCGCUCAACGUUUGUGUGUCCGUACUGCGGGGCCCGGAACUUGGACCAGCAGGAGCUAGUCAAGCACUGCAUGGAGAACCACCGCAACGACCCCAACAAAGUGGUGUGCCCAGUCUGCUCAGCCAUGCCCUGGGGGGACCCAAGCUACAAAAGCGCCAACUUCUUGCAGCACCUCCUCCACCGGCACAAGUUCUCCUAUGACACCUUUGUGGACUAUAAUAUCGAUGAGGAGGCAGCAUUGCAGGCUGCCCUGGCACUGUCGCUCUCUGAAAACUGAAGGUGACUGGUGCAUCGGUUCGGACCCCC